AUGGCCUCCUCCCCUUCAUUGGCAUUUCCAUCCAUGAAAGCCGCCUUGUCUCGACCUUUCUCCGUGGGAGGCCACCGCUGGGUCAUCGAGUACUACCCCAACGGCAACCUGUUCUCGUGGUCGUGGAUGGACCACAUUUCCCUCCACCUCGUCCUCGACGAUGUCGUCGCCGGGAAAGUGACUGCGCAGGUCCAGUUCGGCUUUAAGGCGGGGGAGGAGGAGGAGGAGGAGCACGCGCUCUUCCUCGAAUUGAAGCCCGGCGAGGUGGAGGCCGCCCGCGGCGGUGUCUGGAGAUGUCCGCAGUUCGUCAGUAAGGAGACCCUGGAGGCGUCGACGCAUCUCAAGGACGAUUCCUUCACCAUCAGGUGCGACAUCUCUGUCUUCAACGCGUUCAGCGCCGAGGAGGGGCCGCCGCCGUCCCCCGCGCCAAGAUCCAUCCCCGUGCCCCCGUCCGACCUGUGUCAGCAGCUUGGCGACCUCCUCGCGGCCAAGAAGGGCGCCGACGUGGUCUUCGAGGUCGGCGGCGAGACGUUCUCGGCGCAUCGGUGGCUGCUCGCGGCAUGGUCGCCGGUCUUCAGCGCCGAGCUCUUCGGCUCAAUGAGGGAGAGUGGCCCCGGCGUGGUCCGCGUGGCCGACAUGGAUGCGCAGGUCUUCAAGGCACUGCUCCGCUUCGUGUACACAGACUCAUGGCCGCCGGAGACGGCGGAAGGAGAGGAAUUCGCCAUGGCCCAGCAUCUGCUCGUGGCAGCCGACAAGUACAGCCUGAAGAGGCUCAAGCUGAUCUACGAGGACAAGCUGUGCAAGAACAUCGCGGCGGGCACGGCGGCGAGCAUCCUGACGUUAGCUGAGCUCUCCGAAGAACCUGACGGCAGCCAUGGCCGGCGACGACUUCGAGAAUCUGCGCUCAAGCUUCCCUUCUCUUGUCAAGGAGUUGAUUGCCAAGUGCUCGGCCGACGCCUAAGCUCAGUGAUGGUUGAUCGAUCCUCUGCUCACUAAUUAUGCUUUGCUAGCUACCGGUAGUGCAUGGAUGGUUAAUUAAUUAUUGUACUACUCCUACUAGCUAGGUAUCGCUGGGAACCAUUACAUUACGUCUCUACUAAUAUGGUAAGCAUACUAGCUAGUUCUCUUAUGUCUAAUAUUGUUUCAGCAAGGGUACUCUGGCAUUUAAUAGUUUGCUUGUCAUGUUCAAAAUUGCUACAUCCGCCGGCCGUAAUUUCAUUGCAUGUGUGCAAAACUUGCCCAUGAAUCAGUAAUGGAGGGUAUUGUGAGUAUCAAGUGACAUUGCUGAUUGAA